CAAAAAAUAAAACAAAACAAAAAAAACGGCAAAGCAAGAGAGAGAAAGAGAGGACAGCAGUGGACGCACAGUCAGCAGUGGACGCCGGGUCAGGAGCGUCAGCAGCAGCGUUGUUGUUUUUAUCAUCAUGGGUGCUGUGCUUGGUGUUGGGGAUGCGACACGGGCGCAUGUCACUGGCAGUGCGGUGACGGUGAUUGUUGGCGGCUUGCUAUAUGCCAACUUGCUGGUGUGGCAAUCCUACCUGCAGGUCGUCUUUUGGGCGUUCCUGCUGUCGCAGGCCCUGCGCCCUCUCAAAUCGGCAGUGCUGGAAACCAUUGGUGAUCUCAGACAGAAGGACGUUCCCGAGGAUGAUCGGCUGUCACUGUUGGACGCAUUCCACGAGUUUGUGCUGCAACGCAUGUGGCAGAACGCUGCUGAAGGCUACAACGACCGCCACAGACGCCACGCCAUCCUCGGCGCGCUUGUCAACAACAGCUUCAUCUUCUUUGGAUUUGUGCUGCUGUUGAUCACGUGGCACAACAGCAUGGGCCCGGUGCAAGUUGCAAGCGGUCUCUUCAUCCUCGCUACAACAGUGUAUGUGGCUGCGCGGGUGUUGGAUCGUCACCUCCUCAAUCUUCAUCGCCUCUUCCUCACAGACAACGCCCUGGUGACGCUAACGCUGACGUUCGGCUCUGUGUUUAUGGUCGGGUUUGUUAUUUUCUUUCUUGGCAUCGCCUCCCUUUCCGAGGGCAUACACGCUGUCGACGAAACCUAUAUCUGGGUCACCGCCUACAUUCACGAGAACAACGAGUACAUGCAGAGCUCGUGGUCACAUCUCUCCAGCACCGCAUACACCGCCUACCAGGACUAUGUCAAGGAGAAUUUCAACAACACGGAAUGGUGGCCUGCGGUUGAGAAUGUGGAGCGGGCGAUAUUGGAGGAGCAGAACAUUACGCAAGCCAUCGAGGGCAGCAGGGAAUACCUGGACGAUCUUUACGGCGCCGAGCCCUGGUGGGGCGUGGUGGACCGGGUGGUUGAGCUUGGCAUCCGCCAGCAAGGAUCAGCCCACGAUCAGGCAAAAGGAUUCUUCAACGACAUGCUCGAGAACAUUGAUGUCCUUCAGCACAUGGGCACGCAUCUCCUCUCGCAGAUCUCAAACCCGGCGCAACUCGCCUUCAAUGUGAUGUUCCGCAUGUCGAGUGCCAUCAGCGCCGUCAGCACAUUUGGAUCGCAGCUGCUUGUGUUUGGGAUCUUCUUCUAUGAGUUUACGGCGGCCGACGACGACCUCCUGUCCACAAUCAUCCACGUGCUCGUCCCGGCCUCGCGACACACGCGCAACCUCGUCAUCAGAAACUGCCAGAUGGUGAUCUCGGCCGCGUUCUUCAUCCCGCUGUCCCUGGCGUCGCUGCACGCGCUGACGACCCUCGUCAUGACCACUGUCCUCGGCAUCCGCUUCCGCUUCUUCGCCACGUUCCUCAGCUUUGUCGUCACGCUCGUCCCCAUUACAGACCCGCUCGUUGUGCCCAUUGUUUGGGCAGUUGCCCCAAUCAUCCACGUCACCAUCACGUCGACGGGCCUGACAUCGCUUGUCAAGGCCGUCGUGUUCCUGCUUGUGUGCGUGUACACGUACAGCUACGCAAACCGCCUUGUGUUGGAACAGCAGCGCGUGCAGGAAGUGACAGGCAAUCCUGUGCUGACGCUGUUCAGCGUCCUGUUGGGCUGCUACGCGUUUGGCAUUGCCGGCUUUAUUCUCGGCCCGCUCGCCCUAUAUCUCCUCAUGAUGGUUGUCAGGCUGUGUGCGCGUGCGACGUUUGAGAUGGACGCGAUGGAGGCGGAUGUGCGGGAAACGGCGGGGACGACCACACCGCCAUCAGCAACAGCAUCACGGUCAACAUCACGCUCGUCGCUGUUUGCACGGGCGAGCGAGCGGACGUAGGGUGGUGGUGGGAAAGAGCCAGAGGGAUUGAGUGGGGGACGCUUGUGGAUGGAUGUGGUUACGCAGGAAGAUGUGGCAUAUGGGUGCAUGGAUGGAUGUGGAAGGUGUGAUGCUGAAAAGGGUAGUUUGAUUGAAGUCACUUGACACACGUGAUCCGUUUAAAUACAUUACAUUAUGUUAACGGGA